CAUUAUACUGCGUCACUCUGCCGCGAAAGCCACAAUGUGGAUUGCAGCUUAGCUGGGUGUGACCCUAAAGACUUUCAAAGAGUGAUUCUUCAGUGUGUGUGUGUGUGCACGCGCCCAUGUGCUGCUGUGCGCCAGUGUUUCUGUGCCGGUGUGCGUGUGUGUGCGCGCCGCUGUCCCAGUUAGCUUGCUGAGAUCAGCGUGAGGGAAAGGUGAGCGUGCUCUGCAUCUCACCUGGAGCAGGGCAGCCUCUGUGAACAGCGGCAGUGAGGGUGGACUUGAGCCGGGUUUAAAGUCUCCGCUUUUCAUCUCACCGAGGCUGAGUGAGUGUGCUCCUCGUUGUUCUCGGCACCCUGCAGAAUUUAAGCAGGAAACAGCUGUCUCACACUCGGAGAGAUUUGCGGUUUACUGGAGGAGAAAAUAACCUUUUUCAGGAAAAGAAGAGAAACUGAGGUGGAAAAGGAUGCUGCAGACGAUCAGUGAAUGGUUCUGGUGGGACCGGAUCUGGCUCCCUGUCAAUCUGACAUGGUCCGACCUAGAAGACAGUCAAGGGCGAGUCUACGCCAAAGCAUCGCACCUCUACGUCACGGUGCCAUACUCCAUAGCCUUUCUCAUAAUCAGAUACCUGUUUGAGAGGUUGAUUGCCACACCCUUUGCAGCCUCCUUUGGGAUCCGGGACAGGGUCCGGCACAGAGCUGCAGACAGUGUUAUCUUGGAGAGACAAUACCGCUCAUUCAGCAGAACCCCCACACAGUCGGAAAUUGAUGGGCUAUCAAAGAAAUGUGGCUGGUCCAGCAGACAGGUGGAGCGCUGGUUUCGCCAAAGGCGCAACCAGGACAGACCAGGAAUUCUGAAGAAGUUUAGGGAGGCCAGUUGGAGAUUCACCUUCUAUCUGUCUGCAUUCGUCGGAGGGCUGAUAGCAUUGUAUGAUAAGCCAUGGUUUUAUGACACUCGAGAGGUGUGGGCGGGGUUUCCAAAGCAGUCGAUGCUGGACUCCCAGUACUGGUACUACAUCAUAGAGAUGAGCUUCUACGGGUCACUGUUGUUCAGCGUGGCAUUUGACGUCAAAAGAAAGGACUUUAAAGAACAGAUUAUCCACCAUUUGGCCACCUUGAUUCUCCUGGCCUUCUCCUGGUGUGCUAACUACAUCCGCAUUGGGACCAUGGUGAUGCUUGUCCAUGAUGCCUCUGAUGUCUUUCUGGAGUCUGGAAAGUUAUUCAACUAUGCCAAGUGGGAGAAAACCUGUAAUGCUAUCUUUGUAGUGUUUGCUCUGGUGUUCAUGGUAACAAGACUGAUCAUCUAUCCUUUCUGGCUGAUCCACUGCACAUGGGUGUAUCCCCUCCUGGAUUUCCCUCCAUUCUUUGGGUACUACUUUUUCAACCUGAUGCUUAUGGUCCUGCAGCUUCUGCACCUGUUCUGGGCCUACCUGAUCCUGCGCAUGGUCAAAAAGUUCAUUUUUGGUAAUAUGACUGGUGAUGAGAGAAGUGACCACGAAGAAGAGGAGGACGAGAUGAGCCCAGAGGAAGAGGAAGUUCAUCUGAAAGUGCAGAAUGGCUCAGGAGCUGGAGGUGUUCAGAGGGAUCACUGAUGCCCCCUGCAGCCCCGGGGGACAAUCUGCUCAAGCCCACCGGCAACACACAUUACACAUAAAUUACACACAUUAUAUAUUACUAACUCUAUACUCCAACUCAAGGUGUGGAGAUAAAUUAUCUAGAAAAAUGUUUUCCUUCAACACAUACGCACACAGACACAUGCCCACGCAUACACACACACACACGCACACAAACGCACAUGCACACACACAUACACACACAAAACAAAUUCAUGUCAGCUGGAGAAACCCUCUCUGAUCUGUCUGAGCCAUCAUGCUGAGGUCACCCUUUCCCUGGGCUGGUCCAUGUCAUACUCUGAUAAACUCUUCACAUUGUUUCUGGAAUUCGUCUUCCCACAAAACCUUGUUUAAGACAUACCCAGGACCAUGAAUAUUUGACCCCACAGGACCGGGUUCAGAGAGCAUGGGGAGGCACAGGGGACAUGGCUCCAGCUCCUGGGGCAGGUCUGUGAGAAGGAGAGUGAUUGGUGGAGCCUCCUUCCUUCCUCCUGCUGCUGCCCUGAUGAGCAGCUCAAGGCCUAUGUACUACAGCAGGCACUGAGCAUGCUGCCAUGCAUCACAGUCCUCCUUCAGGACGGGAGCAACUCUGGGCCAGUGCACUGCAACACUUUAUGCUGACUUUGCAUACUUCAGAAACCAAACAGCAAGUAGGACGGGAUUUACGCACCGUGCAGAAUCUUCAGCUGGAUUCCUCUGCAGAGGCUUUUAAAUCAUUACACCGGUAUGAGGCCUUGGUCCAGGCGGUGGGGGAUUCCUCAAAGCGUGACCUUACAAGCUGACAACUGGCUUCCAAUGUGAGCUGAAUUUUUUUUUUAAUUUUACUAUGUUCUGGAAUGAUGAGAACUGCCAAUGGAAGUAGUGUGCUUGGAAAAUGCUUUAUAAAAUGCACACACCUACAGUAUUGAUUGUGUUUAUAUCUGGUAGUUAAUUCAUAGUUUAUGAAGUCAAUGUUACUGCUUAUGAAAAGUGUAAUGCAUUUUAAGGUUUUCCCAAAAUAUCAUGAUAUAUAUAUAUAUAUAUAUAUAUAUACAUGUGUAUAUUUCAUUUUGGUCACAACAUAUUUCAGAUGGUCCAUAUUUCAAAUAUUUAUAAAUGGCCAAAGAGCUGCCAAAAUUCCAUUCCCUACACAGAAAUUUAAAGUGUGUUGGAAACAGGGCAUCACAUAUUAACAUUGAAACUGAGACUUAUAUUAACUGCAGAAGUUGAAAGUGAAGGGAGAGACCAUAGAUGGCCAUGUAGUCUAGGAAACAAUUAAGCACAAUUAAGUCUGUAAUUGGUUAAAUUAUAUGACUGCAGACAUUUGUAUGAAUUUUUGUGGAUACAAAUAUUUUGUGUUUUGGAGAUUAGACCACAUGUGAAAGUAUGACCAUACUAUGGUUAUGAGGGACAGUAUCAUACACACAUUUAUUGUAAAAUGUGAAAUAUUUGAAGAAACAUGCAUAUCCGAGACCAUAAAAUAAGUCAUAAAAAUAAAUACUUGAUUGUUUUAUUCAGAUUGUACAAUAAACCAUGUUCGGUGAA